AACACAAAUACAUAAGCGAGUGACGAUUUACAAAGGAUGGACAAUCUGCCGAUAGACAAUUUUCAGUCAUCUUUCAAAUACUACAAAUCCAAAGAUCUUCCACCCUCGCUGGAGAAUGUUAUGACCUUAAACCACACCGGGGACCCACUGUUAAAGCCGAUAAAGGCCAUCCCACAAAGCUCUUCGUUUCCCGGAUUGCGGCCACCGGAAUCGUGGAAUGUUUCCCAGCUAACCAGUCGCCCUGGGUUGGUCGUCAUAGCCAAUCCGUUUACUGGCACGGGGCAACGUUAUUGGAUGUCUCGAAGUGUGCUUGACUUUCAUCGAGGUCUCUCCAAAAAUAACUUGUUGCCUUCACAGUUUAACCUGCAUCAGCAUCCGGGCGGUUGGUGGGAACACUUGCAGACAAUUGGCGAUCCACUGCAGCGGCAAAAGCUAUCGAAGGCGUUGCGCUGGGCUACGCUUGGUUUUCACUACGAUUGGACGAACAAAGUUUAUAGUGACGGCAAACGAACUCAAUUUCCAAACGAUCUUGCUGCAAUGGUUCAGUACGUAGCCAGUGCACUUGGAAUAUCCAGUUUCUCGCCAGAGGCGGCCAUUGUCAAUUACUAUCCGAUUGGGUCGACACUAGCCGGCCAUACGGAUCAUUCGGAAGAAGAUCUAACGGUUCCGCUGUUUUCUUUCAGCUUUGGCUUGGCGGGAAUCUUCUUGAUCGGUGGUACGACGCGAGAAGAGAAACCGGAUGCUCUUCUGUUGAUGAGCGGUGAUGUAGUCGUCAUGACCGGUAACAGUCGGCAGUACUAUCACGCGGUACCCCGCGUGUGCGCUAGCGGUGAAAUUGCAGUUGAAAACUGUCGGUGGCAGCCUGGGUGUCAAUCGAAUGAGUUUGAGCUUGAUCAGCAGAGCGAUGGAGGUACGGAAAUGUGUUCAAAGCAUUGGCAAAAAUGUCACGAUAAUGAUUUCUGGAGUCCAAUCCACGAUUACAUGCAGGGUAGUCGAAUCAACAUCAAUGUAAGACAAGUUAGAAGGUUAAAAGGUUAGAAAGGUUUAAAACUGUCCUAAUCUCUAGAGCGAAGCAAGACUAAUGCAAUGUAUCGAUAUCGGCGCAUCGACGCAAUCCGUAACGACAGAUGUUGUUAGUUAAGAAUAGUUGUUGAUGAGAAUAGUUGAUAACGUAAAAGGCCAAAGAAUUUUAAGAUGAGACGCCUAACAAGAUCACAAAAUAUAAGCUAUUAGAAGUGCUUUGAUGAUUGGAAAAAGAUAGCAUAAGUGUAACA